AUUAGAUAACAAAUAGACAAUUUGACAUACCACGUGACGUCUCGCGGGACAUUACAUUUCCCGAGGCAAACUAUCAACGGCUGAAUAUUUUUUGGAAGAUAGAGAAGCAAGCAGUUGCAAUAUGCCUUCAAGAGUCACGAAAAGAGGUUUAAGUACGAAAGAAUCCAUGGUAACUGCAGGUCAUGGAGGUCAUAGUGGAUCAGGAACAUAUGUCCGUCCAGGAGGUGGAUAUGUUUAUUUGGAGGAGGAUCUCACUAACGGUCAAGUGAUGGACGUGACUGACAAGUAUGUUGUUACAGAGCCAUCCAGAAGACACAUGAGACAUAUGCAGGCACCAGUUAAGACCCUCACAACCAAUGGAAGCAUGAUUUCUGCAGAACCUAGUCUAAUUAGCAUGCCAAGGCAUCGACAGGAAAAAAUCGUCACCAGAGUUCUUCCAGCUAACCAACAGAUUCAAAGAGUUGCUCAGCGACGUGUAGUAUCGCCCCAAGUUGUUCAAGGAGGUUAUAGGACAGUGAUUGACAGUUCAAGGGGUGUGAUGAUGAAUGGGGGACAACAGAUCAUUAGACAAAGUCAACCAUCUGCUAGAUAUAUUCAAAAUCAACAGGUCAUCAGAGAAGUUCAGCCGUCUGCUCGAUACGUUCAAAGUUCACAGGUCAUUAGGGAAGAGCGCCCAUCUCAAAGAUACAUACAAAAUCCACAAAUGGUUCAACAGGUUGUUCGACGAUCGGCUCCAGGUAAGCAAUAUUACGUCUCAAGGUCGAGUGACUACACGUCUGGGUCCUCGUCAGAUUCAUCAACCAGUGAAUCGGAUGAGGAAAGAACCGUCAUCUCUAAAGGUGAAGUGGUACAUGCUGUUAUCCGAGAUAACUGGACCUUCAGCAAGAGGGAACCAAAAGAAGAGAAAAUCGUCACCUCUGUCAAAACUAAAAAAGGUCAUAAGGAUGACGAUGCCAGUUCUUCAGCCUCGUCAAGUUCUCUAGAAAGCAGGAAGCUGAAAAUUUUGGAGCAAGUACGCGAUAAUGGCGUGGAAAACGGACAAGUGAUUGUUAAUGAUAAUGGAACACCGGUCAUUGUUAAAAUGAGAGGCAAUAAAAAGAACAAAAAAGAGAAAAAGGGAAAAAAGGAAAAAAAGAAAGCUGAGGUGGACCGAAUACUCAAGGCUCUAUCAGAGGGUAUGGUCCUGCACAAAAUCAAAGAUGGUGGCAUACUGUACCCUCGCAAGUUUAUAUUGGACACACAGAACAUGAAAUUACGCUACACUGGAUCAGAGAAGAAAUUCAGGAAAAAGAAAACGUCUUGGGAUUUAUCAAACAUAAGAGAAGUGAGAGAAGGAGAAAAAGAUUAUGCUAAAAGAUUGGAACCAUUUGAUAGGGGGAGAUGUAUAGCUGUUAUAUUUGGAGCCAAUCAUCAUACCUUACAUCUGCUGACAGAGAGCAAGCCAGAGAGGGACAUGUGGUUGAAAGGACUAAGAUUUGCUCAAAAUAUGGAACAAUACAUGGACCAGAAGGAACAGACGGAUAGAUGGAUCCGAGAUGCCUUUAUGAUGGCAGAUAAAAAUAACGAUGAGAGAUUAGAUUUUGAAGAAGUAUUGAAACUUUUGAAACAGUUAAAUGCAGACAUGGAUAAGAAAUAUGUUCAUGAAUUGUUUGAUAAAGCCGACACAAACAAGGGUAUUGGUGAGAGGUCUACAUUAGAUGCUCAAGAAUUUGUACAUUUUUAUCAUUCUGUUACAGAACGGAUUGAAAUAGAAGAAAUAUUUCUCAAGUAUGAUGGUGGAAAAGGUUAUUUCUCAGCUGAUGAUCUCCAGAGGUUCAUGAAGGAACAACAAAAGGAGAAUGUAAGUGAAGAUCAAGCCAAAGAAUAUAUAGCAGCUUAUGAACCUCAGAAAAAUAUGCAGCUAGAAGAUCAAAUGAGUCUUAUUGGUUUUAGAUGUUUUCUGUGCUCUAAAGAUCAACAAAUAUUUAAGCCUGCUCACACUAGAGUUUAUCAAGAUAUGAACAGACCUGUUACACAUUAUUUUGUAAAUUCAUCACAUAAUACAUAUUUAGCCGAGGAUCAGUUGAAAGGUCCCAGUAAAGUAGAGGCCUACAUAACAGCUCUGUCUAAUGGAUGUAGAUGUGUAGAAUUGGACUGUUGGGAUGGCCCUGACGAUGAGCCUGUCAUUUACCAUGGUUACACAUUAACAUCAAAAAUUCUCUUCCACGAUGUCAUCUCAGCAAUAAAAGAAUAUGCAUUCCAAGCAUCACCGUAUCCUGUCAUACUUUCUAUAGAAAAUCAUUGUUCUGUCAAACAACAAGCUGUAAUGGCUAACAAAAUAAAUGCCAUCUUUGGAGAUCUCUUAUAUGCGCCUGAGGAGCCUCCAGCAACUAUCCCAUCUCCUAGUGAUCUCAUGGGCAAAAUUAUUCUCAAGGGUAAAAGACUUGCCACAGUAGGAAACGCAGUGCCAGAAAAUGAAGAGGAACAUGAGGUCAGUGACGAGGAUGAGGCAGCUGAGGUACAGGAUGCAACUACGCAAGAGAAAGAACGGGCACCAAAGAAAAAGUCCAAAUUGAAGUUAUCUCCCAAAUUCUCAGCAGCUAUAGGAAUGAAGGCUGUUAGUUAUAAAGGAAUAGAGGAAACAUUGGCUACAGACGGUAUGUUUGCAUCUAUUGGAGAAAACAAAGUGCUGAAGAUAAUAGAUCAUGACCCAGAGGGACUGAACAAACUGUCACAGAAACUGUUUGUCCGUACUUACCCAGCUGGGUCCAGAACUGACUCCAGCAAUUAUAAUCCUACACCCAUGUGGAAUGUGGGAUGCCAAGUUGUUGCCUUGAAUUUCCAGACUGGUGGUGAGCCUUUACAAUUGAAUCAUGGGAAAUUUAUGGAUAAUGGAGGCUGUGGAUACAUACUGAAGCCACAGUUCCUUUUGUCAAGUGAUAAGUUUGGUAUAGUGACAGAGAAGAUUAAAAAUCCAAAGAGAAGAAAGCUGAUAGUUAAAAUAAUAAGUGCUUAUCAGAUCCCAAAGCCAAACAACUCAAAGAAAGGAGAGAUAAUAGAUCCUUUUGUAAAGAUAGAAAUACAUGGAGUGAAGUCAGAUCAACAGUCAGUGAAGACAAGUGUCAAAAACAAUAAUGGAUUCAAGCCACGCUGGGAUGAAGUUGUCCGAUUCAAAAUAUCUGUGCCAGAGCUGGCACUUGUACGAUUAGUCAUCUAUGAUCAUGAUAGAUAUUUAGAUGAUUUCAUUGGUUACAAUGUUGUACCAGUUUUAUCUAUGCAAGAAGGUUAUCGUCACAUUCCCUUAUUCAGCAAGAAUGGAGACAAAAUGCCACAAGCAUUGGUAUUUGUACAUAUAGAGUUUGAAGACGACCUUUGAAAAGGUGCAAUAGAAUGAAGAUGUGAUGCCAGUAUGAACAAACAAAAGUUUCAGCAAAAAAGCCUUUGCAAUGUGCCAUAUAUGAUAGAGCUUAACUUAUGUCACAAAUGGUACUAGCUGUAUGCUGUAAACAUUGUAGAAUCAUAGAGGAUUUAAGAUAAAGCUUUAUUUAUUAAAACACGGAUUGCCCAUGGGGUACUAGUGGAUCUUCUCAGUAUGAAGUACCAUAGAAGCUUUUUUUUCU